GUGACGUUUUUCACAGGCACCUUGCAAAAUAGGUCGUUUCAAAGUUUAAAACUCAUUCUGUUGAAAAUAUUAAUAUUCUGAAGGUUCAAGAUGGCCAGAAUUGUGGAAUGUGUACCUAACUUUUCAGAAGGCCAACACAAAGAGGUUAUUGAGGCUAUUGCUACUGCUAUUGCUGCAACCGAAGGCUGCAGUCUACUAGAUGUUGACCCUGGAGUAUCUACCAAUAGAACUGUUUAUACUUUUGUUGGGUCUCCAGAGCAUGUUGUACAUGGGGCCUUGGCUGCAGCACGGGCAGCAUCACAGCUAAUAGAUAUGACUCAUCAUAGUGGAGAACAUCCCAGAAUGGGAGCUCUAGACGUGUGUCCAUUCAUCCCUGUGAAGAAUGUUACAAUGGAAGAUUGCGUAAAGUGUGCCAAGAUCUUUGGUUCCAUGCUAGCAGAGGAUCUAGGAGUACCUGUAUAUUUGUAUGGAGAGGCAGCCAGUAAGGAUGAGAGGAAACUCCUGCCUAAUGUCAGAGCUGGAGAAUAUGAAGCCUUGCAAGAAAAGCUAACAAAACCAGAAUGGGCGCCAGAUUUUGGUCCUAGUGAGUUUAUUCCUAACUGGGGUGCCACUGCUACUGGGGCUCGUAAGUUCCUGAUUGCAUACAAUGUGAAUGUAUUGUCCACCAAGGAGCAGGCACACAGAAUUGCUCUGAACAUCAGAGAGAAUGGGAGAGGUGCAGACCAGCCAGGCAGAUUAAAGAAUGUCCAGGGUAUUGGAUGGUAUCUAGAUGAGUCCAACAUUGCUCAAGUGUCAACUAACAUUACAGAUUAUGAGAUCACCCCCAUACAUACUGUAUAUGAGGAGUGCUGUAAAGAUGCUCAGGAGUUGAACUUGGCAGUGGUUGGAUCACAGAUUGUUGGUCUAGUUCCCCUACAGUGUAUCCUGCAAGCUGCUGACUACUACAUGACGAAAGAUAAUCUAUUCUUACUUGAGGAGGACCAGAAAGUCAGACUGGUGGUCAGUAAACUUGGCCUUGGAUCUUUAGGAGGAUUUAAUCCCAAGGAAAGAAUCAUAGAAUAUAUGUUGGAUGAUGAGACAACGGGACCUCUGGCAAGCCUUGGGGUGAGGGACUUUGUGAUGACUGUAGGGGCCAGGUCUCCCUCUCCAGGGGGUGGCUCAGUGUCUGCCCUAAUUGCCGCAUUGGGGACAUCUUUAGGCACAAUGGUGGGUUUUCUGACCUAUGGAAAGAAGCAGUUUGCAGCCCUAGACAGCAAGAUGCGGGAACUCCUCCCACCUUUGUACCAGACAACCAAAGAUCUCAUUCCAAAGAUAGAUGACGAUGCUGCUGCAUUCAAUAAAUAUAUGGCUGCUUUGAAGUUGCCUAAAACCUCAGACGAAGAAAAGAAAUUACAAGAGGCUGCAAUACAGGAGGGUAUACAGACUGCUAUUGCAGUACCUAUGUCCACAGCCACUUCUGCCAAUGACAUAUGGCCAGCUAUGAUAGAGAUGGCAAAAGUUGGAAACAUUAACUGUAAAUCAGAUCUCCAGGUUGGGGCCCGUUGUGUAGAGACUGGAGUGUGGGGGGCUUAUUACAAUGUCAUGACUAAUAUAGCAGAUCUCUCUGACCAGGAAUACAAAACAAGGGUUGAAACUGAGAUUAAUGCUGAACUGAAGAAAGCACAAGAGGGUUGUGCUGAGGUUCUGAAAAUAUUAGCAGAAAGAAAGUAGUCCCCUAAGAAAUAGUUCCAUUGGCAGAAAAAGUCAAGUAGAAUGCACUUUUGAGUGAAGUCACUCAAUGUGAAAAUGGAAGGAAUUUGGUUUGAUGAUUGUGUCAUUUACUUAUAUGACAUUUAAUUCUUAGUCUAGAAGAUGUACUGCAGCUUGAAUAUUAUUUCACAUGUGUUGUGUUUGAAAAGUAGAUGCCACAGAAAAAGUUUCAUUUACAUAUGUAUUCUUCAUUUACGCAAUUAUUCUGUGUGAUUUUAAAAUAAUCGAGGAACGAAGAGAGGAAGAUAAGGUGUGUAUGAAAAAUUUGAUUAUUUUUCUUGUGAAGCAGUAUUAUAGUAUGCAUGUCCAGUAUUUUACUUACACAAGUAUAACCAUUAGUAAAGGUAUUGUUAUUAUACCAUGUUUUCCAUUAUAUAUACAAAAUUAGGUUUAAUUUGGGGCACUACACAGAAUUGUUAGUGACAAAAAUAAUCAAGAAGUCAUACAUAAUUGAAGUAAUGUAUAGUUAUAUAAUUAUAUUAAACACUUAUAUGAAUAUAUACAUUAAUACAUAUACAGAAACAGUUGGCAUAGUACAAGGAAUCCAGUAAGUUAUGAUACUGAGGUUCUCUAUUUGUCAACCCAAAUUUUGCAGAUAUUAUUGGAAAUGUUGUAAAAGCUACAAUAAAUGAACUUUGAACCACUUUUAGUAAUGCCAUAUGUAUAUUUUGAAUAAACUGCUCUUAGAUGAUUUUUAGAAAUAUUUACAACAACGACUAUAUGUACAUAUAUUUUUUUACACCUCAGCCUUUGUACAAUUAUAGGGUCCAUAUAAUGAAAAGCUGAUAGAUUCAUAAUCUACCAUAUCAUGUACAAAACACAACU